UGCGGCCGAUCUAGCGCGCCUCGCCCUCACGGCGCGGUUCUUCGUGCCGAUAGCCAUGGAUGAGCGACUGUGGAAAGCGCUGUCGCUCAAGCGGCUCGAGAUCGGCAUCGGCAGCGAGGCGUCGAAAUUUCGGCCGCAUUUCAGCUGGAGAGAGCUCUAUCGAUCGUCAUUUGUCACUGGAAGCCAUAGCUACAGCAUCCAUGAACGCGAGAAACAUCGAGAUUGGAUGCGAAUAGGUGCUUUUACGCUCGUUUCCGGCAAGGCGCUCGCUGCUGGCAGGCUCUGGCAACGAAUCUCAAAGUCAAAGAGGAUAAAACUCGAUGAGAGCUCGGCAUUGUGCCUUGUGCCAAACGUGCUCCCUGGCAUCUGGAUCGCAGGGACAAUGCAGACACUGGACUUUCGCAACUGGGAGUUGUUCCUGCACGAAGAGUACCAGAACAGAACAUGGUCCUUUAAAGAAAUCGGAGUCAGGAACAUCCGUGAAAACUGUGACGUCGCAGCUGGAGCAGUGUUCGAUUACAAGCGCUUGAUCGACAAAGACACUGCCAAUUCAGGCAUUCUCAAUUUCAAAUCAUGGACCGCGGAGAACGGGAACUAUCAACCGACCAGCCGCGUCUCUCCCUUCGGUGCGGCUGGAUGUACCAAUCUUCUAAAGAAUGGCGGUUUGCAAGUCAAGUUCUAUGCCAUGCAUGCUGGGGUCGGCGGGCCAGUGGUGGCCAUUCGCGUUUCCCAGCAACUAUUUUGACUGAUCGAAUAAUGUGAAAGAAGGCCAAGUAACCUCUCCUACCUUUCAACAAAGGUGACAUCUUCUUC